GCCCCGGGCAGCGGGACAGCGGCGGGCUCAGGGCCUGCUGGGCGCUCCCGCACGGCGGAUCGCAGCCGUGGCCAUGUGUUCUCGGCGGAGGGCUGAGUGCGGGGGGAUGCCGGGCUCGGCACGCAGCCCGCAGCCCCAGCGCUGUCCGUGCGCGGGGAGCUCAGCCUGGCCCCCGCGAGCAUCCGCCGGCCAAGCGGGGCUUUGGGAUUCUCGGCCCGACGGCCUCGCUGGGGCUGCCGUGUGCCCGUGUCGUGGCGGCCCGUGCGGCUCCGCCGCGGGCUCAGAGCGCUGCGGAGGAGGAGGAAGAGGAGGAAGAAGCGGAGGCUGCUCGGGGCUGCGGCCGAGCUGCCGGGAGCUGCUCGCUGUCCCCAGCCCGGUGCGCGUCCCCCCGGGGGUCCCGAGCUCCGCCCGCUCUUUGGGGACGGGCAGGGGCGGCUGCUGCCUCUCCCUUCCCCGGGCGGUCAGCGGGGCCCGGAGCGGGCCCACCGCCGGCGCCAGAGUGUCUGAGCAGAAGAAAGUCUUCAUUGCGUUGAGUCACAUGCGGUCAGUAGAGGAGUCAUCUGUGCCAUGGGAACCUUCAGGUGAUGCGAGAAACAAGCGGGGAAUCCCUUCCACUUCUCCGGGAUCCUGCAAAUGCCUUUCAAAUUAGCCAGCUCUGAGGAUCAGUGCCAGGCUCUACAAGGCGUUCCCAAAGCCUGCAGCCAGUAAAACUUUGUGUAGGUAAAAUUAGCUAAAGACCUUCUACUGAGAGAACAGCCUUUGUUGUCACAUGUGGUGGAGUUCCAGGAUCUGUAACUAUUUUUCUUAAAAGGUUUUUCUACUGCCCCAGUGAAUGCAUUACGCUACAGUAGCUCUGAAAUGGUAUCGCUUAUUUCCUUCAAAGCAGCGGCCGGUUGUUUCUUCAGGGACCCCAAGUCCUUUCAAGGGAGGGGAAAAAGUGAUGGCUGAGCGGGACCGAAUCGCGCCGACAAAUACUUAUUUUAAAUCAGCAUCAUCUCCAAAGGGCGCAGCCCCUGGGAGCGUGGCGAGUGCCGGGCGGGCGCCGGUCGGGCCGAGCGGGGCUCAGCCCGGGGCAGAUCCGACUGGGGCGAGCGGGAGCCGGGACAGCUCGGUGGCCUCAGCCCUUCUCCGUCGGAGAGGGAAGGCAGAGCCCCAGCCAUUGGCCGCGGGGACGCGCCGGGGCCCGGCUCUCCGGGCAUCGGCAUCACCCCGCAGAGCCUCGGCCGGGGGCCGCUCUCGGUGCCCGAGUGUAACCGGGAACUUGCUGGCCCCAGUGGCGAGGGGCGGGCGGUGCUCUCCGGCCGCCGCGGGGCCCCGCGGGCGAGCAGCCGGCGCUGCUGCCGGGGGACGGAGGGAGCGGCCGCCGUGGGGCCGGGCACCGCCACCGCCCGCCGGGCAGCCCCGGCUGCGGGGCCGCUCCGGGACGGCCGCGGCGGAGCCCGGACCGGGCCGGCCCGCUCGGUCCAUCCGAGCGCCCUGCGGCCGCUCGGCCGAAGCCUACCGCCCCCACCGCUGCCACUGUGCUUGGGGUUUUUCUCGGGGGGGAUGUAUUUCUGAUGUCGGGGUAAGGUGGGGAAUUGCUGUCAACUCCAGGCAGAAGAGAAUCGAUUCGGACAAGAUUACUUACAGUUUAAAAUGGGGUUUCCAAAUAUGAAGACACCGAGCGUGCUUACACUUUCCUAUUUUCCUCGUGCUCUUCCCGAAAUGCCUGGUCCUAAUCGCAAGAACACAGCUAUCCCAGUUCUGAUUUUCUGGGGCUUAUUACAUGUCAGAACUGUAAAAGUCCUCUGGACAAUUUACAGACAAAACAUCUGGUUCGUUAAAGCAAAGCUACUGGACUAAGACAAACAAACUUUGCUGCUGUGUAAAUUCACUUACCCAAACAAUUUACAUUCAAGCAAAGAUUUUAGCCCGAAGAAAAACUUUUAUUCAUUUGUGUUCAGGAGGUUUGGGAAUUCACUGGCAUUUUAAAAUAAUUUUGCUCUAAUAAAGUUAUGUAGAUAUUACAAAAUGUCUUUGUUCUCUUCUCAGAUCAUUAUCGCUGCUAUAAUGGUUAUUGACAACACUUUGUAUUUUACAGAAGCGCGGUAUCGUUUUCGGGCGUGGGCAGCGGGGGUUUUUAAACAAACUUGUCAGAUCCGUAUUCAUCUGGUCCAGCCUUAAUGAAAGCUCCCGCUUCUUUGUUCUCCGCCGGGAGAAACCGAACUACUUCCCGCAUUUCGAUGGGUGCCGCCGAGGGAAGGCUGUGCCCGGCACAGAGGGCAGAGCGGGCACGGGCUGCCGGGCGGUACCGGCCGCGGCCCAAGAGUUCUCCGCUCCCGGGGCCGGCAGGAGUCUCCGUGGGGCUGCCCGGGCCCGCUGGGACCCCCAGCCCCGCACUGGCC